AUGGGAUUCUUCGAUAAAAUAUUCGGCACCCAGCGCCAGAAAAAGAGGACCUUCGAGCACAUUAAGCGCGGACUAGAUCCUUAUUCGGAAUGGGAUCAGCUGGAGAAGCUCGGCGAUGGAGCUUUCGGCGACGUUUUCAAAGUGCGAAACAAAGUGAGGAGGGAUUAUGCCGCGGCGAAGGUGAUAGAAUUGGGCAAUGAGGAGGAAAUGGAAGAGCAUUACAACGAAAUUGCGAUUCUUGCGAAAAUUAAUCACCCGAGCAUCGUCAAACUCGUGGACGGAAUCUUCUACGAGAAGAAACUAUGGAUCCUAAUCGAAUACUGCGAGGGUGGUGCCCUCGACGACAUAAUGGAAAAGCUGGACCAUGGUCUGAACGAGGAACAAAUCCAGCUCGUUUCACGGCAGACGCUCGAGGCACUGAACUACUGCCAUUCAAUAGGAGUUAUUCAUCGUGACCUCAAAGCUGGCAAUAUUUUGCUGAUGAAAGAUGGCUCCGUCAAGCUGACGGAUUUCGGCGUUUCGGCGUUGAACGAUAAUGUCGAGCAAAUGCGGGAAACCUUCAUCGGCACUCCAUAUUGGAUGGCUCCAGAAGUAAUCAUGUGUGAAACGAGGAAUACGGAUCCUUACACUUAUUCAGCUGAUGUUUGGAGCUUCGGCAUCACAAUCAUCGAGCUCGUCGAAAUCGAGCCACCCAACAAUGAUCUCAAUCCGCAGCGCGUCUUGAUGAAGAUUGCCCGCUCGAACCCGCCAACACUCCAGGAUGCCAAGUCAUUUUCCGCCGCCAUGAACAGCUUUCUUGCAUUGUGUUUGAAAAAAGCGCCCCUCGAACGGGCCAAGUGCGUCGAUUUACUUCAGCAUUCCUGGCUCCAAGAUCUUGGAAAUAAUAAGCCAUUGAGACAACUUCUGGCUGAAGCGCGCGCAGAAGUGCUUACCGAAGUAAUCAAGCAGGAUGCCAACUCGCCAGCUUCCGUCUCUAAGUCAACGCGUAAAAACUCCGUCGGUUCUAUGUCCUCUCUUAGCUCCGAAGAGGAGAGUCCAGAAGUUCAACCCUCUAAAUAUGAAAAGGCCAUCCAUCAAAAGUUCAAUUCUGUAAGUGACACAAACUCUGAAAUGUCCCCAUCAACGGUGCCCCCCACUCCUUCUUCGUCUGGUGUUUCCGAAAUAGACGUCAUCGCCCCCCAUCCGUCUCCUGUAAAGAAGCGUCCUACACCACCCCCAGAUCAUGCAAAUGAUUCAUCUGGCGCGAGAAAAUCAGUUUCUAACUCUGCCCCGACAUCGAGAAGUUCAUCUUUCAAGAUGAAAACGGCGGAUAUUCAACCAAUUAGCCCUUCUGGUGCCAAAGGAACAUGGUUUGGGACGAGCAAGUCUUUGGCAAGAGCGAAUCCACAGUCGGCAGAAGGGAUCGGGGAAAUGUUCAAAGAAGAGAUCAAAAAAGAGGAUGAAGCGCUGGAGAUGUUAGAUAAUGUCUUGAUGAGCGAACAAGAAAAAGACCAACGCGCCGAAUCUAAAGAUGCUUAUUCCGCUGGAAAACCAACGAAGCCCGUUCAAAGAGGCGCCGCGAGAGAGUCGUACAGAAACGCAACUGCCGAAGAAAAGCCUGUAAUACACACGAGCACGGAACGAUCCGUCAAAGAAGAGGGCCAAGAAACGCUUCAGUACGAGAAGAAAGUGCCAACGAAGACCGAAAUGAAGAAAAAGACAGAAUUGACGCAUGAGGAGAAGCUAAAGAGACAGAAGAAAACGCUAAAAAAGACGAGAAAAUUUAUCGUCGAUGGAGAAGAAGUGACCAUCACAUCCAUGGUGACCGUUUCUGAUCACGAUGUUGAGCAAGAGUCGAAAAAGAGAAUCUUCCGCCGCCAGGAGCUUCAAGAUCUUCGAAAACUACAAAUCGAGGAACAACGAAAAAUGGCGAAUUUGAAUAUGCGUCUCGCUGCUCAAACUGAACAACUUGAAACAAAACAUGAUCGAGAGACAGCAGAUUUGGCGAAAAUCUAUCAAACGAAAAUUGAUUCUUUGGAGAAAACUCAAAAGUCGAAAAUUGAGAAAAUGGAGAGCUCACAAGCGAAGGAGCAGAAAGAAAUGCAAAAUCAAAGCCAUGCGCACUCAGAGCUCAAGCGACAAGUUACCGCGCAGUUUUCCGAUCGCAAAGCUCGUACAGAAACACUCCGUGCGCGAAAGCAGGAACUCAACUCGCAUCAAAAGUACAAAGAAAGUGCCUUCAAAGCGAAGCAAGAAGACAAGCUCAAAGAGGCGAUAACAAAAUACAGCGAAAACCAAAAGAAAACCGUUGCCGAAACAGAGCGCCAGUUCCUUGACCAGAAACAGGAAGCGCUCCUGGCGAGGGAGAAGGCGAUGUGGGACUUGGAGGAAAAACACUUUCAAGAAAAGCACCAGGUCGCAAAGAGCCAGUUGAAGGAUCAGUUCUUGUUGCAGAAGAUGCUGCUCAUGGCACGACACGAUAAAGAAAUGGAGCAAAUGAUAGAACACAACGAUCGUCUUAUAAAAGCGCUGCAGGAAAGACAGCGACUGGAAAAGUUGAAGCUUCCGAAAUGGCAAAGAAAUGAUGCUAAAACGAGGGAAAAUAUGUUCAAGCAAUCAAUCAGAAUACAAAACCCAGCGAUUCUAGAUAAAGAAAUCAACGAGAAACUAAAAGACUUCAAGCACAGCGAGGAUAAACGCCAACGAAACGAGAAGACGAGGCAAGAGGAUAAACAUGAUAGACAAUUACGAGAGCUGCAUACAAAAUGCGAAAACUAUAUUAGUGAAAUGAAGCAAAUCCAAAGUGAAAAGAAGCGUCUGUUGGUAGAAACAGAAGCUCAAAAACUCAAAGCUUUAGAUGAGAAUUUCAAGAAGAAGUUCGAGUAUUGGCGCAGCCAGCUCGUCCCACGAAAACAGGAGUUGGACGAACAGUUUGCGCGACAGAAAGCGGAGUGGGAACAGUUUUUCUCGCAGCAAGAUAUUCCAAACACUCCGUCCAGCUCGAAGCGUCUCAGCAACUUCUAUCGGUAG